GCUUGCACCUGGAGCCAGAGGGGAGGGAACACCGAACGGGGAUGCUCUCCGUUGGGGCCGCCGCCACCACCAUUGCCAUCCGCAUCACCGUAGCUACUGCUGCCGCUGAGCCAGGCCGAACCCAGCUCCAGACCCCGGUGGGGGUGCCAUGGUGGCUGCUGCCCCUGCUGCAGCCGCGGCCAUGAGGAAGAGCUUCCUGGUGCCCGAGAUCAAGCCUUUGGAUCAAUAUGACUUCCCUCGGGCGCGCAGCGCUGCUAGCCUGGCCUGGGUGCUCGCCAAGGGCUACGGGGGCGCAGAGCACGUCCCUGCUGAGCUGCGUGAGCCAUUCUAUACAGACCAGUAUGAACAGGAGCACAUGAAACCUCCCCUCAUCCGCUUAUUGCUCUCGUCUGAUAUCUACUGCCGUGCCUGGCGCCAGGCCCUCCCCUCGGGCCCGGAUGGUUCUCCUGCCCCCAAGGAUAAUGCCGCCUUGCUGCAACUGCUGGCUCAUCGUGGCUUGGUGCCCACCUUCCAAGAUAAGCCUGUCAAGGAGGCUGACCUGCACCACAAGCCAAUCAGGCUGGGCGCACACCUGGCAUUAAUUGACUCACUGAUGACAGCAUUUGCGUUGGAAGCCACCAGCUCUUUAAAUGUUGUGCCGGGCACUGAUCCAGCUGCUAGCUCCUGGGACCAGAAACUUCUGCACUGGAUAGACAUGAUAAUCCACAAGAUACAGCAAAGCGCCGAGCAGGAGUGCUCUCAGCGGUCUGCUCCUGGUACAGAUGGCCAGCCUCCAGGCUCCAAUAGUGGUCCCAAGUGUCCCACAAGGUGGUACUGGAAACUGGUUCCUCAUGCCAUCGCUUUUUGUUUGAAGGAGUCGGGGAAUAAGCCUCCUGUGAUCCGUUAUCGAAAGGACAAGGCACUGCCUAAACAGACUCCCUGCUUCCCUGUCAUCACGGGCAUAAAGGAUCUUGCCAGCGGGGGUGCCAUUGCUGCUACCAUCCACUACUAUUGUCCCCAGCUUGUCCGCCUAGAGGAUGUGUGCCUGAAGGAGACCAUGUCGGUGGCAGACAGUCUGUAUAACCUGCAGCUGAUCCAAGGCUUCUCUUCAGAUUAUCUGAGUGGCUGCUGCUUCCUCUCAUUGGAGGACCUGCUCUACAUGCCGCCUGCACUAAGGAUCAAUGUUGGGGUUUUCCUGGCAGAGUUGUUCCUGUGCUUUGAGGUGCUUAAGCCAGACUUUGUGCACCCCAAGGAACUACCUGGACUUCAAGAUUCCCCUGGGAUGAAUGACUCAUUGACACCCAACAGCGGGAACAACAACAGCAGCUCCCCAGUGUUCAGCUUUCGCCACCCGUUGCUACCUGGAGGGCAGGCACAAUCCCCACUUUGUGGUUCCUUGGGCAACCUGCACCACUCCACAUCCAUGUCCCAUGUAGAAGGUUUUGGUAAAGUAUGGAGCAAGAAGCAGCUCAGCCAUCCUUUGUCACAGGCCGUCUCAUUCAGCAUCCCUUUUGGUCUGGACAGCGAUGUGGACAUUGUGAUGGGGAACCCAGUGGGCAUCCUCCGCUCUGUCAGUUCUGACAGCCUGGCCCCUGCUCUCUAUUCCUCCUUGCCUCGUUCCCCCCGUCCACGACCCAGCGAUGUGGCUGAGGCCCCCAAUGGAUUAGUGACAUCGUCACUCCAUGGGGCCGGGCACAAGAGUCAAGAGGGGCUGCCUCUGGAGAAUGGGCUGAGUGAUGGAUACCCUGACCUGCCCACCAUCGAGGAGGCACUGCAGAUCAUACACAGCAGUGAGCGCCUGCUCCCUGAGGGAGCACCAGAUGGCUUUUACCUGCACUCACCAGAGCCACCCAAAGCUUCGAUUCCAGAAAAGGCACCCAUGCCCACAGUUUACCGCUGCCACAAUGGGCCUCCCAACAGGGGAGAGCCAGCUCAGGAUGGUAGCUUGGACUCUGAUGCUGAGGAGCCCUCCCGGCCAGCAGGUGGCCUAGAUGAUUCCACCUCGUGUGUGAGUUCACUGAGCUCGCAGCCUGACAGCACUGCUUCCUCCACCUCCGGUGUGCGCAUGACCAGCUUUGCGGAGCGCAAGAAGAAGCUGGCUGCUACUGACAGCAAGUCCAGUGGGAUCAGCUCAGAGGGUUCAGAGGUGGGGCCUGUGCCAGCAGAUGAAAGCCCUGCCCAAAGCCCUGCCCUCAGCUCAGAGAUGAGCCAAUUGGGUGCGCGGCUGGAGGAGAAGCGUCGCGCCAUCGAGGCCCAGAAGAAACGCAUCGAGGCCAUCUUUGCCCGGCACCGCCAGCGUUUGGGCAAGAGUGCCUUCCUGCAGCUACAGAAGGUGCCCGAUGCCCAGAACCAGUCUGAGGAUGGCCGGCUCGGCCUAGAGGAAAGGCUGGCCCAGCUGGAGGCCGAGGAAGAGGCUGGAAGCCCCCGUGCCCGUCUGGAUAAUAAGCAGGUGACCUUCUCCCCAGAUAUCACCAAGGGAGCACUUGAUGAAAACUUGGGUGACUACAACCGGGCAGUGGCCAAGCUGAACACUGCUCUGAGCUCCCUGCAGAUGGACAUGCAGCGCCUAAGUGAUCAGCAGCAGCGACUCAUGCAGGACAAGAAGCCUAGUGCCCAAGCCUGGGUGAUCCCAGCCCCGAGGACUGGCCGCGAGGGCGCUCCCACCCGCUCUUCACUGGAGCUGUCCUCCCCUUCGCCAUCCCCAUCCCCUUCCCGCAAGUCUCGUUCUCCUCAGCCCACCCCCAAGAAGUCUCCGGCCCCAGCUCCUCCCAAGAGCCCCAAGCACACACGGCCAGUGGAGUUGAAGCUGCCGACCCUCACGCGAGUCCUGACGCCUGCCCAUAAUGUGGACACCCUCCCACACCUCCGCCAAUUCUCGCCAAGCCAGGUGACUGUGCAGACCCGCUCCUCCCUCCAUUUUGCUGAGGAUGAGCCUGUGCUGGAGGCGGAGGCCCAGGGCACUCUGCGGCCGGUGGCCUCCGUGCCUCCGCAAGGGGGGGGCAAUGCCCGCGUGUCAGGAGAUGGUACCAGUGAUGUCUCGUCGCCCAGUGACCGCCGCAGUAGCCUGAUUGAAAUCCCCUUGGCCAGCCUGAAGGGAGAGGAGGACGAUGUGGAUGGAGAUGACUCUCUGGAGGAAUCCAUCACGGAGGCACUGGAUUCUGAGUCCCGUAGUGGGCUGGGCUUCUUUUUUAAGGAUGAGGAGAAGGCUGAGGACGAGAUGGCGCAGAAGCGGGCCAGCUUUUUAGAGAGGCAACAGCGGCGCAGUGAGGAGGCACGGCGCAGGAAGCAAUGGCAGGAGGCAGAGAAGGAGCAGAAGAAAGAAGAAGCCAGGGUGCAGGCAGAGGAGCGGACCCGGCAGGAGGAAGAGGUGGUGGGGCCAAGGCGUGGUGACUUCACCCGCCAAGAGUACCUACGGCGCCAUCAGCUCAAGCUAAUGGAGGACCUGGACAAGGUGCUGCGGCAGAAGCCCACCACGGUGCGCGCCUUAAAGAAGGGGCGACCCAAGACUGUUUUCUGUGACGACUCUGCCCUUGCACGCAGCCCUGUUAAAGGGCUCCUUGGCUCCAAGCUCAGCAAAGUGUAUUCUCAGUCGACACUCUCGCUCUCAACAGUGGCCAAUGACCCUGGCAAUUCGCUCUCCAUCAAGAGAUCUUCUCGAGCUGCAUCUCCUUCUGGGCCAAUGUCCCCCAGCCGGAUGCUGUCCAACCAGAACCGGGAGCGUGACUGGGAGAAUGCCUCAACUGCCUCUUCACCUGCUUCCAUUCCAGAGUACACUGGGCCCAAGCUGUAUAAGGAGCCCAGUGCCAAGUCCAAUAAGUACAUCAUCCACAAUGCACUUUCUCACUGCUGCCUCGCUGGUAAAGUCAACGAGCCCCAGAAAAACCGUAUCUUGGAGGAAAUUGAGAAGAGCAAAGCCAAUCACUUCCUCAUUCUGUUCCGUGAUUCAAGUUGCCAGUUCCGGGCACUCUACACACUGUCAGGGGAGACUGAUGAACUGACCCGCUUGGCAGGCUAUGGACCCCGUACCAUCACCAUGGCCAUGAUCGAGGGCAUCUACAAGUACAGCUCAGAUCGCAAGCGCUUCACUCAGAUUCCCAGCAAGACCAUGUCGAUGAGCGUUGAUGCCUUCACCAUCCAAGGCCACCUCUGGCAGACCAAGAAGCCAGGCACGCCGAAGAAGCCAGGCACGCCGAAAUAGCCUGGACUUGCAGAGCUCAGUGUCUCCUCCCCUUCUGCCUGGACUUGGAGCUACCAUUGGGUGGCCAGCCCACCUUGGACACGUGGGAGCUUCCGUGAUGGGUGGCUUGAGUUGGCAGGGCUGUGAGGCAUGGGUGUAUAUCUUAUUCUGGAUCAGAGCCAGCUGCCACAUGGGAAUCUUGGGCGUAGUGCUGGGCCCUACUGUGAGGAGGGGACUUCUGGGGAUGAAUUUUGUGAGGAUGGAUGCUCUGGAAACUGCCAAAUCCCAUGAUAAGCUAGAGACUCUGAGUUGCCAUAGUGAUACUACCCUACCCAGGGCCUGGGGUGGGGCGCGGGGUCCUGGGCUCUGCAUGCUCUGUCUGCUUCCAGCCACCAUCUGAAUGUCAGUCCACCGCCAGAAAAAUGGGAUGGGGGUGGGGGUCGCUUUUUCCGACUCCUGCUUGCCUGGGUAAUGGUGCCCUGGCUCUCCCUGCAUCUGUGCUGGGUUUCUCACUCCCUGGGUGCCCUUGUUUAUAUUAUACAUACUAUACAUAUAUAUAUAUAUAUAUAUAUAUAUUGGAGCUAUUUAAUGAUUUUUCAAUUAUUUGUAUAUAAAAGAUCAAAUUGCAUUUGAAACAGUGGGGCCGGGUGAAUUUGUAUCUGAAGAUGGCAUGGCGGGGGUGGCACAGAGUGGGGUAUGCGUGUUGUGUCUCUCUUGUUGAAUGUGUUUUUCCCUCUUGACACUACUUUUGGCUGCUCCCUUGUUCACAAGGGCUCUUUGGUAUAGAGAUGGGGAAGGGCUGUUACACGUAGUAACUUUUUAGCAGGCAUCUUGGGGGUGGCAGGUUAUUAGCAGGAAGCCUGUCUUUGUCUGAGACAGAGCAAGCCUUAGCUGGCCACUCCUGUGAAGUGUCAAGGUGAGAGUGGCUGUGGUCACGGAGCAGGCCUCUGUGUGUCCGGAACUGAGCUACCAAACAAAAUUGGACUUCUUGCACUUGAGGGAGAAGUAGGCUCUUUCUCCUCUUCUUCCUUCUUCAGCCCUUUCCUGCUAAUUAGCUGUAGCUCUUGUCCAGAGGAGGAGCCAUUCAGUCCCUUUCCAAAGCCAGAAGCAGCUUGGGCCGCUAGUGCCACUAAACCCCAACCCCACCCCCACCCCCUUUACUGCUGCCUGGACAUCCUGCCUCUGUCUCCUGCUCUCAAGGCAGUGAGUGGGGGUGGGAGAGAAAACCACCUGACCACUGCCCAGCCUGAUUCUGUCUUGUUCCACUUAUUCCUGGUCUCUUGUGGUUGCUUGUUGCUGACUGAAUGUCAUGUAGGUGUUUGAGGGGUACAGUAUAGUUCAGGGUUUGGGUUGGUGUAAAAAGCAGGCAGGGACUUUGUCCUGUUUGCUGAAUAAAGUAACUUAAAUGAA